AUGAAAUCGAGUACAACAAGUUCUUCUUAUCAUCAUUCAACAUACGAUUAUCAUCAUCAUCAUCAUCAUAAUUUUCCUGCAACAUCAUCAAAUCUAUAUCCAACUUAUUAUCCCAAUCAUUAUAUAUCUCAAUCAAAUAUAUCAACAAAAGUUGAAAAUGAUGAUUCAUCAAAUUCUGAUCUUACACCAACCACUACACAAAAUUCUCUUAUACAAAAUCCUAUUAUUCUUAAAUUACCAAAUACAAAUAAUAUUGAACAAACUUUAACAUUAACAAUCGAUCAUUUAGCAUGUGUAUGUGAAGCUAUUCAACAAAGUGGUAAAAUUGAUAAAUUAAUCAAACUUUUACAAUUAUUACCAUUAAAAUCUUCAUCACCUGAUGCAGCAUUAAUACAUCAACAUGAUAGUAUAUUAAAAGCUCGUGCAAUUAUAUAUUAUCAUCAAUCAAAAUUUCGUGAAUUAUAUUGUUUAUUAGAAACACAUUCAUUUGAUAAUCAUCAUCAUUCCGAAUUACAACAAUUAUGGUACAAAGCACAUUAUAUGGAAGCACAAAAAAUACGUGGACGACCAUUAGGUGCUGUUGAUAAAUAUCGUAUACGAAGAAAAUAUCCAUUACCAAAAUCUAUCUGGGAUGGUGAAGAAACAAUUUAUUGUUUUAAAGAAAAAUCUCGACAAGCAUUAAAAGAAUGUUAUCGACAAAAUCGUUAUCCAACACCGGAUGAAAAACGUUUAUUAGCAAAAAAAACUGGUUUAACAUUAACACAAGUUAGUAAUUGGUUUAAAAAUCGACGACAAAGAGAUCGUACACCACGAACGUAA